UCUGCUCCGUGAGCGGGGUCCCGGCGGGCGCGGGGCACGGGGCGCCCUGCGGGGCUCUGCAACCAGGCCCUGGGCUCCCUGCGAACAACCCCUCGGCCUGGGGGAGGGGGAGCAAAAGUGAGAAGUCACGAUUUGUGAAUAUAUGACCAGCGUUUCAAGCAAAAGGGGAAAUAAAACCCACGGGGUACUCGUCGGGACAGAGCGGAUGAUAAUGGUGCUAUGAAAGGCCCCCGGGUCUGGUGACGUGGCUCCUGAGCAGGGCGCCGUGGUCCGCGGAGCGGCCGGGCGGCGGCGGUGUGCAGGCCCGUGCGAGGGUCGGCCCCGUGUCUCAUGCUGCACGGGGCGCUGGGCUGCAGCCACCGCUGGGGCAAGGACAUGCCGGACACCGCGCUGACCGUCCACCACUGCGUGCCGUCAGGGGACCCCUAGAGACAGGACCGGCGCCAUGGCGCCCGCGCUGCUGAUCCUGCUGGGGGCCGCGGCGAUCCUCCGAGCCGACGGGACCCCUGACGACGUUUCACUUCUCCCACCUGUCAAUUUCACCAUUAAAGUGACCGGUUUGGCCCAAGUUCUUCUCAGCUGGAAACCGAAUCCUGACCAAGAGGGAAGGGGCGUGCAGCUGGGCUACCACCUGAGGGUCCACACCCCACAGGACGAUGACUUCGAACUCAAGUACACCGGGCGCAGGUACGAGGCCGCCCUGCAUCGAGGCUUCUCGGCCAGCGUGCGCACCAUCCUGUGGGAGCGCCGCCCCAGCCCCGCCAGCCGCUGGGUGUCCGCCGAGCUGAGCGCCCUGCCAGGGUCUCCCGGAACCUCAGCUGUGAACUUAACUUGCGCCACAAACACGGCGGCCGGCGGCCACCCCGACUCCAGGCCCUACCGAGUUUCUCUCCGCUGCGCCUGGCGCGCAGGCGAGGAGGCGCCCGCGGACACGCAGUAUUUCCUCUACUACAGGUACGGCUCUCGGACCGAAGCGUGCCGCGAGUACGGCCAGGACGCGCUGAAGAGAAACGUGGCGUGCUGGUUCCCAGCUACCUCCAUCGACGGCAAAGGGCAGGACGCGCUGGCCGUGCGCGUGAGCGGCUCCAGCCCUCGGGCUGCCAUCAGGCCCUACGACCGGCUGUUCGCCCUUCACGAGAUCGACCAGGUGAAUCCCCCGGGGAACGUCACCGCGGAGAUGCAGGGAACGCGCCUCUCCGUCCGCUGGGAGAAGCCGGUCUCUGCCUUCCCGGGCCACUGCUGGGACUAUGAAGUGAAGAUUUACAGCAGGAGGAGGGACUACGUGCAGGUAGAAAAUACGACGGCCAACAAGUUCAACACCACGGUCAGCGACACGUCUCGGUACUGCGUCGUGGUGAGAGCCGCCGUGAGCCCCACGUGCAGGCAGCAGGGGCUCUGGAGCGCCUGGAGCCAGCCGGUCGGCACCGGACAGGACGAGCAGAAGCCAUGGACCGAGUGGCUGCUGAUCCCGCUCACGGCGUCCCUCUGCGCCGCGUUCGUCUGCUCGCUCAGCCGCAGGACGGGACACGUGUGCACCAAGCUGUUCCCACCGGUUCCGGGCCCCAAGAGUGACAUCGGCGAUCUCGUGGCCACCGUGAACUACGAGAAAGGCGGUUCCGGCGAAACAGAGAGCGAAGUCAUCAGCUACGUGGAUGAGGAGCCCGAGGUCCUGGAAGACUUGGUGUUCUGAUCGGGGCGCAGGCGCGGGCGCACCCGCCCCGGGAGAGAAGGGCGAGAGCGAUCUCUCCGGGCUGCGCGGAGACCAGAACUCACCGAGCCUCGCACAGCCGUGGCCGUGCACCCAGACGCAGCUCUUAAAACUGUGGUUGCUGCACCCAGACCUCCUCCCGCCCUUGGGGGGCCCCAGGGGAUGAAGAGGACCCCCUGUGGGUGGGAUCAGUAAACCCCAGCGCACUUACUGGUCAGGGGGGAGCCGGGUCUCCGGAAGAGAGAGCGGAACCGAGAACGCCCCCCGGAGGCCCACGAGGGUGGCGGACUGUCCCCGCUUCCGGCGCCGAGGAUGAGGUUCGGGGCCCUGACCCGGUGGAAACUGCCCCGCCCUGUGUGAACAUCACGCCGCACUAAAAGGUGGUCUUGUUGCCCCCCACCCCCUGCCCGUUUCAGGUAACAGACGUGCGUGUGGGUGCAGGUGGGAUGACAGGUGUUAAUAGGAGCGGCCGAGAGCGGUCUGCGUCUGCACCCUGAACAGCUCAUGUCUCAUCCCCCCAAAUGUCCCCUGGCCCCUCGACUCUGGUCCUCGUCUCUCAGCCAGGGCCCUCCGGCAGCCCCUCAGCUCAACCCCUCACCUCCUGUACCCCCUUUUUCUGAAGCAUCUGUAAAAGGCACAUGUGCCAGUCACCCCACAUCCAAAACUUGCCUUGACCCCGUCCCCUUCAGGUUCAAGGCCCUUCGGAAACACUGGCCCCUUUUUCCAGCGUGUUAGCGGCGCCCCGACCGCAUUCCCAAGGACGGCCCGGUCCUCGCGCUCCUGGUCCAUCCCGAACA